CUGGCCAGCUCCAGCUUUCGAUUCUUUUUUUCCGCCCGCUGCUUCGAGCUUGCUUCGAGCCAGCAAAAACGCCAAACCAUCAACAGUCGCAAGGCUGCAGCGCCCCUCCAACACAGCAAAGCCGCGCCGGCUUUCUGCGCACCCCCGGGAAUCAUGGCGACGACAUCGAACAUGUUCCUGUACUCGCUGACGAUCCAGCCGCCAACAACCAUUACGCAGGCGUUGCUGGGUCAGUUCUCGGGGACUAGGGAGCAGCAAAUCAUCAUUGCCUCGGGCUCGCGCCUUUCUCUGUUGCAGCCCGACCCCAGGCAGGGCAAGGUCAACACUCUGUUGUCGCAUGACGUUUUUGGCAUCAUCAGAGCCAUUGCCUCAUUCCGCCUCGCCGGCAGCCACAAAGACUACAUUAUCCUCGCCACAGAUUCCGGCCGCAUUGCCAUCAUUGAGUACCAGCCCAAGACGAACAGAUUCUCGCGGAUUCAUCUCGAGACCUUUGGGAAGUCGGGAGUGCGUCGCGUUGUUCCGGGCCAGUACCUGGCUGCCGACCCCAAAGGGAGAGCGUGCUUGAUCGCUUCAAUCGAGAAGAACAAGCUGGUUUACGUCCUGAAUCGAAACGCGCAAGCUGAGCUGACCAUCUCGUCGCCGCUUGAAGCCCACAAGCCAGGUGUUUUGGUUUUGUCCCUUGUUGCGCUCGAUGUCGGUUACGCCAACCCGGUCUUUGCGGCCCUUGAAAUCGACUACACCGAAGCCGACCAGGACCCGACAGGCGAGGCAGCCAAGGAGACCGAGGCCCAACUCGUCUACUACGAGCUUGACUUGGGCUUGAACCACGUUGUGCGCAAGUGGUCGGACGUCGUCGACCCGACCUCGUCCCUCCUUUUCCAGGUUCCGGGAGGCAACGAUGGCCCCAGUGGUGUCCUAGUCUGUGGGGAGGAGAAUAUCACGUACCGCCACUCCAACCAAGAAGCCUUCCGCGUUCCCAUUCCCAGGCGUCGCGGUGCUACCGAGGACCCGCAGAGGAAGCGCACCAUUGUCUCGGGUGUGAUGCACAAGCUGAAGGGCAGCGCAGGCGCCUUCUUUUUCCUGGUUCAAACAGAAGACGGCGAUCUAAUGAAGGUCACACUAGACAUGGUCGAAGACAACGAUGGUAACCCGACUGGCGAGGUUCGUCGUCUCAAGAUCAAAUACUUUGACACGAUACCCAUCGCCAAGAGCUUGUGCAUCCUGAAGAGUGGCUUCCUCUUCGCAGCCAGCGAAUUUGGUAACCACCACUUUUACCAGUUCGAGAAGCUUGGGGACGACGACGACGAGCAGGAGUUCACAAGCGACGACUUCCCGACAGACCCUCGGGCAUCGUAUAACCCCGUUUAUUUCCGCCCUCGCCCCCUGGAGAACCUGGUGCUUGUGGAGAGCAUCGAUUCGAUGAACCCUUUGGUCGACUGCAAGGUCGCCAAUUUAACUGGCGAAGAUGCGCCACAGAUCUACGCGGUCUGCGGAAACAGGGCGAGAAGUACCUUCCGUAUGCUGAAGCAUGGCCUGGAGGUGUCGGAAAUUGUUGCGUCCGAGUUGCCGGGCACGCCAGCGGCGGUCUGGACAACCAAGCUCACCAAGUAUGAUGAGUAUGACGGCUACAUCGUGCUGUCCUUCACAAACGCAACACUUGUCCUGAGCAUCGGGGAGACGGUUGAAGAAGUCACUGAAAGCGGUUUCUUGACCAGCGUGCCCACCCUGGCUGUCCAGCAAAUGGGUGAGGAGGGGUUAAUACAGGUGCACCCCAAAGGUAUUCGGCACAUCGUCCAGGGGCGCGUCAACGAAUGGCCGGCUCCCCAGCAUCGAUCGAUCGUUGCUGCUGCGACGAAUGAGAACCAGGUCGUAAUCGCCCUGAGCUCUGGCGAGAUUGUCUACUUUGAGAUGGAUGCCGAUGGGUCUCUUGCCGAGUACGACGAGAAGAAAGAGAUGUCUGGCACGGUGACGUCCCUCAGCAUUGGCAAGGUGCCCGAAGGGCUGAGGCGGAGUUCGUUCUUGGCUGUUGGCUGUGACGACUGCACAGUUCGCAUUCUCAGCCUUGAUCCCGAGUCAACGCUGGAGAUGAAGUCCAUACAGGCCCUCACAUCGGCGCCAUCAUCGCUUUCCAUCAUGUCUAUGGAGGAUUCAACCGGCGGCAUGACGUUGUACCUGCAUAUCGGCCUUCAUUCUGGAGUCUAUUUGAGGACCGUCUUGGAUGAGGUGACCGGCGAGCUGACCGACACGCGGCAAAAGUUUCUUGGGCCGAAGCCCACAAAGCUGUUCCAGGUCUCUGUGCAGAACCAGGCGUGCGUUCUCGCGCUCAGCUCGAGGCCAUGGCUUGGCUACACCGAUCCUAUUACCAAGAACUUCGUGAUGACGCCGCUAAACUAUUCCGAGCUUGAGUAUGGUUGGAACUUCAACAGCGAGCAGUGCUUGGAAGGCAUGGUCGGCAUCCAUGCGAAUUUCCUCAGGAUCUUCACAAUUGACAAGCUGGGCGAAACCAUGAUUCAGAAGUCAAUCCCACUCACCUACACCCCAAAGAGGCUGGUGAAGCAUCCUGAGCAGCCGUACUUCUACACUAUCGAAUCCGACAACAACACCAUACCGCCCGAGUUGCGGGCGCAACUCCUAGCUCAGUCAGGGGCCGUCAAUGGAGAUGCAACGGUUCUGCCGCCGGAAGAUUUUGGUUACCCCCGGGCAACGGGCCGAUGGGCAUCCUGCAUCAGCAUCGUGGACCCGCUUGGUGACGAGCCCAAAGUCUUGCAAAGGAUCGACCUUGAGGGCAACGAGGCAGCGGUGAGUGCCGCCGUCGUUCCCUUUGCCAGUCAAGAAGGCGAGAGCUUCCUCGUUGUCGGAACCGGAAAGGAUAUGGUGCUCAACCCACGCAAAUUCACCGAAGGAUAUAUUCAUGUGUACCGGUUCCACGAGGAUGGCAGGGAGCUUGAGUUCAUCCACAAGACCAAGGUCGAGGAGCCUCCCCUGGCUCUAAUUCCAUUCCAGGGGCGCCUCCUUGCUGGCAUCGGCAAGAUGCUCCGGGUUUACGAUCUCGGUCUCCGGCAGUUGCUCAGAAAAGCGCAAGGGGAAGUAGCGCCGCAACUCAUUGUCACGCUCCAGACUCAGGGCAGCCGGAUCAUCGUGGGCGACGUCCAACAAGGCGUAACAUAUGUCGUUUACAAGCCGGAGAGCAACAAGCUGCUGGUCUUUGCCGAUGACACCAUCAACAGGUGGACUACGUGCACCACCAUGGUGGAUUACGAAUCAGUUGCUGGCGGCGACAAGUUCGGCAACGUCUGGAUUCUUCGUUGCCCCGAACGAGCCAGCCAGGAGAGCGACGAGCCGGGCUCGGAAAUCCAGCUGCUCCACGCCCGUAAAUACCUCCAUGGCGCCCCGAACCGCUUGGACCUGAUGGUGCAUUUCUAUACGCAGGAUUUGCCCACGAGCAUUGUCAAGACCAACUUGGUAGUGGGCGGACAGGACGUGCUGGUAUGGAGCGGGAUCCAGGGCACCGUCGGUGUGCUGAUUCCGUUUGUCAGCCGCGAGGAUGUGGACUUCUUCCAGAGCCUGGAGAGCCACAUGCGGGCUGAGGACCCGCCGCUCGCGGGGCGCGACCACCUGAUCUAUCGCGGAUACUAUGUACCUGUCAAGGGCGUCAUCGACGGCGAUCUCUGCGAGAGGUUUAGUCUGUUACCCAACGACAAGAAACAGAUGAUUGCUGGGGAGCUGGACCGCUCGGUGCGGGAAAUCGAGCGCAAGAUUUCGGACAUUCGGACACGAUCUGCUUUCUGAGUUGGAUGACGAGCAAGAUGGACAUGUGUGUGUUGGACUGUGGAACGGGCAGUGUAUUAUGACUUGCAAGCGGGCGGCGCUCUAGGAGGAAUCGGCGUUUAAUGUCACA